AAUUUCGAUUGUUCAUUUCAAAAAAACUUGGGUGUGUCUCCGAGUCCUUUGGAUCUUUAAACCUUCCAAAUUUAGAAUCCUUUGUCUCUCUUCCACAAUUCCCCUUUUCUCAUGUUUCUCUAUCCUCUUCCCAUAUUAUUAUUAUUGUUGUUAUUCCUUCCCCUUUGAACUCACCAUUAACAAAACUCCAAGCUUCCUCACUUUCAUUUUCCUUCUCUCCUUAUGGCUCUUGGAAGGCCUCGUAGUAGCAAAAGAUCAUCCUCCUCUUCUUCCUAUGCUUCAACCGUUACAACUGUCGUCUUCUUAGCCUUAUGUGUUCUUGGAGUAUGGAUGCUGACCUCCAACUCUGCUGUUCCCCCGCAAACCACCACUCGCACUUCUUCUGACUCUUCAACUUCCUCCACCUCCACCAUUGCCACCACCACUGACUUUGUGUCUUCCUCUGAGGAACCCCAACUCCCCAAAUCCGAGGACAAAGAGUCCACUCCUGCCUUUGAGGAUAAUCCUGGUGACCUCCCUCUUGAUGCGAUUAAAUCCGAUGAUAGUUCUAAUAUUGUUAGCGAUAAUGAUGCAAAAUCUCGUGAGGAUCGUCCCAAGGAUAACGCCAAUGAUGUGCAAGAACCUAGAGAUAACAAUGAGGCUCAAUUGUCGGAAGAGAGUACAAUGACUCAAAACCAACAAGUGGAAGCAACCCAAAAAAUUGAAGAGAAAUUAGAUUUGGGAGGAAACCAAGAACAAAAUACUAAUUUACCUGAUCAAAGCAAUGAAUCAACAGAGCAUGUAGAAUCUGACAAUAGUAAAUCCAAUGAUACACCCAAUGAUACAUCGUUGGAAAUCAAUGGGCAAGAACAACAGCAGCAGCAGCAACAACAACCGGAAGAACCUGAAAACAACGCUAAUCCACAAGAUAUUCAAGCAACAAUCGCAAACAUAGAGCAACAACAAGCAACCGAUAUCCCGGAAAUAAGUGGAGACUCCCAAAACGAUCAACCGAAACUUGGGACUGAAGGCGAAAAAAUUACACAAGAACCUGAAAUUCAUAACCAGGAUGAUGAUAAGGCCCAACAACAGACACAACAGCAACAAGAACAGGACAGCUCAAACACGAAUAACAACAAUGAAGAAACUCCCUCAUUGGAGCAAAAUCAACCACGAAAGAGACACCGAGGCAAAAAUAAGUCAACUGAGGAUCAAGAAUCCCAACAAACAGAAUCCAAAGAGAGCCAAGAAGUCCCAAAGGACUCGAAAACGGAAAUCAAAGUGGAAGAGACAACUACAGCAGGGUCACUCGAGACCUCGGGGAUACCCAAGGAGUCAAAGGAGUCCAAAAAGUCAUGGUCAACGCAGGCAGCGCAGUCAGAGAACGAGAAAGAUCGUCGACGAGAAGAAUCAAGCAGUGAUGGCAGCAUCUAUGGGUACACAUGGCAGAUGUGCAAUGUCACAGCGGGACCUGAUUACAUUCCUUGUUUGGAUAACGAGAAAGCAAUUAAGCAGCUACGUACGACAAAACACUUCGAGCACAGGGAGAGACACUGCCCGGAGGAGGGACCUACCUGCUUGGUCUCUCUCCCGGAAGGUUACAAAAGAUCCAUUGAAUGGCCUAGAAGUAGAGACAAGAUUUGGUACCACAAUGUACCACAUACAAAACUUGCUGAAGUGAAAGGCCACCAAAAUUGGGUCAAGGUCACCGGUGAGUUCUUGACUUUCCCCGGCGGUGGCACCCAGUUCAUCCACGGCGCUUUGCACUACAUAGAAUUUCUUCAACAAUCGGUACCGGAUAUUGCAUGGGGAAAGAGAACAAGAGUGAUAUUGGACGUAGGCUGUGGAGUCGCCAGCUUCGGCGGCUUUCUGUUUGAAAAAGAUGUGCUUACAAUGUCGUUUGCUCCAAAAGACGAACAUGAAGCUCAAGUCCAAUUUGCCCUGGAGAGGGGAAUUCCAGCCAUUUCUGCUGUUAUGGGCUCACAACGUCUGCCAUUUCCAAGCAUGGUUUUUGAUACUAUUCACUGUGCUCGAUGUAGAGUGCCUUGGCAUGUAGAAGGUGGAAUGCUUCUUUUAGAAUUGAAUCGAGUGCUGAGACCAGGGGGUUUUUUUGUUUGGUCCGCAACUCCAGUGUACCAGACCCUAGAAGAAGACGUUGAGAUUUGGAAAGAAAUGUCUGCUUUGACGAAAUCUAUGUGUUGGGAGCUUGUGACAAUUCAAAAGGACAAGCUGAACUCCGUAGGCGCUGCCAUUUACAGGAAACCAAUCUCAAACGAAUGCUACGAUCAAAGAAAACACAAGCGUCCCCCAAUGUGCAAAAACGAUGACGACCCAAACGCUGCAUGGUAUGUGCCACUGCAGGCAUGCAUGCACCGUGCGCCGGUUGACAACACUGUGAGAGGAAGCAGCUGGCCAGAGCAAUGGCCUCAGAGGUUGCAAGCACCACCUUACUGGCUAAAUAGCUCCCAAAUGGGGGUUUAUGGCAAACCGGCUCCUCAAGAUUUCUCAACUGAUUAUGAACAUUGGAAAAGAGUAGUGAAUAAAACUUACAUGAAUGGAUUAGGCAUAAAUUUGUCCAACAUUAGGAAUGUGAUGGAUAUGAGAUCUGUUUAUGGCGGGUUUGCAGCAGCUCUGAGAGACCUUAAAGUCUGGGUAAUGAAUGUGGUGAAUAUUGACUCUCCCGAUACACUUCCAGUGAUCUACGAGCGCGGUCUCUUCGGAAUUUACCAUGAUUGGUGUGAAUCCUUCAGCACAUAUCCAAGAACAUAUGAUCUACUACAUGCUGAUCAUCUUUUCUCCAAAUUGAAAAAGAGAUGCAAACUGCAACCUGUCUUGGCAGAGGUCGACCGAAUAGUAAGACCUGGAGGCAAAUUGAUCGUUCGAGAUGAGUCCAGUACAAUUGGAGAAGUGGAGAACUUGUUGAAGUCUCUCCGUUGGGAAGUUCACCUGACCUUCUCCAAAAACCAGGAAGGGCUGCUGAGUGCUCAGAAAGGUGAUUGGCGACCAGAUACUUAUGCUGAGUCUUCCUGAUUUUGUAGACAAAACAAGCAUCCAAUUCUAAUAAGAUUACCCCUUAGAAAGAUUUCUAGACCAGCUAGAAUCUUCGAAAGAGUUGCAGUAGGUAAAAUAGGUGCAUACCUCGCUUGCAAUCAGCUGCUUUGAAACUGCGAGUGCUUCAGUAAAGAAAGAGAGAUAUUUGGUCCACAAAUUAUUAGAAUUAUCCAUAAAGUUAAAAAUCAUUACAAGAUAUUGUAUUUUGACACUCUAGCUGGAAGAAAAUAUAUUUAAAGUUAAUGUGUUCGUUCCAGCUUCUUGGGAAAAUACAGGCACUUUGUCUCCACUGGAUAGAUGGUUCUUCUAAACAGAAGCUCAACUCAUAUUGCUGGCUAAUUUUUAAUCAGAAGCUUGCCCCUUAAUUCAA